GAGAGAGAGAGUUUCUACACAUUCGCGCAGAGGGAAGCCGCAUAUCAGGUCUUUGAGGACUGGCAGGUUUUUUUGGUUUUUGUUUUUUGGUUCGUUUUUUUUUUGUUGGUAGUUGCGGAAUGUGGUUUAUGAUUUUGGAUUUAAAUCCGUUCGGAGCCGUGUAGCCGGUCCCCUGAAGCACAGCAGUAUGCAUUCAGACUGCACGCUGCUAAGGGCAGAGCGGUAAUGGUGGGCAGGGGAGCCGGGGCCGGGGCUCUGCUCCUGUCCGUCCUCCUCAUUCACACCACGACGAGCGGCCGAGCACAGAAAGGUGAUGGCUGUGGCCCCAGUGUGCUCGGCCCCAGCAGUGGGACCCUGUCCUCUCUGGGCUACCCGGGGACGUACCCCAACCACACGGUAUGUGAAUGGGAGAUCCGUGUACCGCCGGGGAGCAGGAUUCACUUCCGCUUCGCCGAGCUGGACAUCGAGGACAGCAACUGCCAGGUCAACUACCUCCGCCUCUACAACGGCCACGGAUCCCAGCGCAGCGAGAUCGUGAAAUACUGCGGUUUGGGGCUGAAUGUCGAAGACUUUAUCGAGUCUGCAGGGAAUCAAGUCACCGUCCAGUUCAUGAGUGGAACCCACCGCACGGGACGGGGCUUCCACCUGUCGUACUCCACCACAGAGCACACAGAUCUGAUCACCUGUCUGGACAAAGGAACUGAUUUCGUGGAGGCAGAGUACAGUAAAUACUGUCCAGCGGGCUGCCUUACAUCUUUUGAGGAGGUUUCUGGAACUAUUCCCAAUGGCUACAGAGAGUCAUCCCCUCUGUGCUUAGCGGCCAUCCAUGCAGGUGUGGUGUCCAACGCCAUUGGCGGCAGAAUCAGUGUGGUCAGCAGUAAGGGCAUCCCACACUACGAGGGCACGCUGGCCAACAACGUCACCUCCAUCGGAGGAACCUUGUCAAACAGCCUCUUCACCUUCAAGACCAGCGGUUGCUACGGGACACUGGGAUUGGAGUCCGGUGGUGUUUCGGAUGCCCAGCUUUCCGCUUCCUCUGUCUGGGAAUGGAGCAACACCGUUGGUCAGCACAGUUUGUGGGCGCCAUCUGGGGCACGCCUCAAAAGGGCGGAGCUGCCGUGGGUGGCGGCUCAGAGUGACCAGCAGCAGUGGCUGCAGGUCGACCUGAAGAGGGAGAAGAGGAUCACAGGCAUCGCCACCACAGGUUCCACCCUCAGAGAUUACCAGUUCUAUGUUUCAGCGUAUCGGGUCCUUUACAGUAAUGAUGGACGGUACUGGCAUACUUAUCGGGAGGUAGAUUCCACACAAGACAAGAUUUUCCAAGGCAACACCAACUAUCUGCAUGAAGUGAGGAAUAACUUCAUCCCUUCGAUCAAGGCCCGGUUUAUGAGGAUAAAUCCCACCCAAUGGCACCAGAGAAUCGCCCUCAAGUUGGAGCUUCUUGGCUGCCAGAUCCAUGCAGCGAGGCCGAGGAUUGUCCACCACCCCAGCCCUCCUGAGCGCCCCCCUCCACCUGUGGUCCCAUACACUCCACCUCACAACGUCUGGACCACACACACCCCCGACAUCAGAAACACCACCAUGCCUCCACUCACUGGCAAAGACGUGGCGCUGGCAGCAGUGCUGGUGCCAGUGCUGGUCAUGGUUCUGACUGCUCUCCUUCUCACUGUGGUCUGUGCCUGGCACUGGAGAAACCGGAAGAAGAGCUCAGAUGGAACAUAUGACCUUCCUCACUGGGAUCGCACAGACUGGUGGAAGAGCAUGAAGCAGCUGCUACCAACCAAGAUGGCGGAGGGGGAGGAUUUGGUCCGGUACAGCAGGAGCAGUGACGUGGGCCGGCUGAGAGGGGGAAGCACCGUCCCAAGUUUACAUCCUGAGCCUGCAGAAUACGCCCAGCCCCUGGUGAGCGGUGUGGUGACAUCACUGGGCGCGAGGUCAACCUUUAAGCCAGAGGAGACACCAGACCCAAGUUACACAGACCCUGACCUGUACGACGCCCCCAUUUCACCAGACAUAUACCACGCGUACGCAGAACCCCUACCGGCCUCUGGCGCCGAAUAUGCCACGCCUAUUGUGAUUGAAAAGGCUUGCCACCUAUCCGGGGGCCCCUCCGUGAACCAGCAAACGACGGUAUCGAGUUUCCUCCCUUCCUCCCUUCUCACACGGACAGACAAUGGCCAGUCGGGAAGGUCGGCAUACGAUACACCGAAGAGCGCCACUGGACGGACCACGCCCACUGAGGAGCUAACCUAUCAGGUGCCUCAGAACAGCAUCCAGAAAUCAACUGGACAGGGAUGAAGAGGAGAUGUGACCUUCAUCAAACCCAAAUGGACAAAUGUAGACAGGGUUGGGGAAAUGAGGCAGUACGUCUCCCCCCCGUGUCCCCUGACCCUGGACUUGAGUCUUGAAAGAACACUACCUUAGCUUUAGCUCCCUCUGGAGAUGUCUGUAUGUGUACGUCUACCUGUUUGUGCAUGGCCACAAUAUGCUUAUGUAGUGCCAUACCAGUCCUAUCACUGAAACCACGAAAAAUGAAUGUGUAUGUGUCGGAUAUGAGCGGUGGAAAUGGAGGGGGGGAGGGAAGAGCUGACUACUAUUUGAUAAGUGAGACCCCUCCACCGUCCUGUGACGAAUGGUCUUUGUGUUUUUGUCAAACUGUGAUUGCCUUUUUUGUUCUUUUUCAUUGUGUUGUCACAAACUGAACAGGGUUCGUAUUAAGCUGAAACGGUGGCGUACACGCUCACCAAAUCUAAGGGUUCUCUGAUGGAAAAACAAAUCUCAUGUUGAAUAGAUCAACACCCCCCCCCCCCCCAAGCAAGCUUCUACACCACGGAGGAGCCCCUUAGCAAGGUCAAGGGACACUUCCCUACAGAUGUCCAAUGGUACGUUUUUUUUCCAUCUUCAUGACAAAAUAUGGUUUUAAAUUGUGUGUUUUUAGAAAUCCCAUCACUGCAAACCUGUGUUAAAAUUGCCUCUCAAAUGAUUUAUUGAUAUUUAUUUUUGACAUCCUGCUGAUAAGGAGAGAAUCGCAUCCAAAACGGAGCCGAUCUGCCCAACCACUACCCUCACCCAUAAAACCUGUGACCUUGACGGAUGCCCUGUUGAAUCCGCGCGGCUUCAACAUGCCGUUUGGUCGCGUAAUUGAUCGGUUAAUUGAUUGACGUACUGCAAGAUUCUCGGAUCAAUAGACGGACCCGAAGAGGCAGAAUUCCAGGAUCCGUUUAAAGGAAACGCCAAAUUAGUUUUAGACCAAAAGUUGCCUUUUAUUUUAUGGUGUGCCAUGCUAUUCUGUGAUUCAUGCAAGUGGAGGAAAGUUCUAGUGAAUUUACAUUAAGAUCAGUCUUAAUAUAGGAAAAGAAACCCGAGUCUUUAAGAGCCAGUUGGUUGGUUGCACAAUCUAGAUGAGACGGUACUAAGAAAAGAUAUUCCAAGUGCUAAGUCAACACUUUUUAGGGAAAACGAGUUGUCUUUUUUGUUGUUGUGCCGUGUGUUAGUGUUUGUCAUGAGAUUAAAUGUCCGUUCUUUCUGUUAAAACACAACCUAGUGUCUACACAAUUCCUUAUCUCUGUACAUCGAAGCGUGUACGUGUGAUUUUAGAUGUUUGUGUGUGUGAGUGUGGAAGUCCGCCUGUCUACUGAUUGUAUUUGGCUUGUUGUAGUAUGACACAUUCGCCAACGAUAACCGACUCAGUCCACAGUGGCGUACAUUCCUCUCCGUUUCACACUUUCGACACUGUUGAAAACCAAAUGCUCCACCUGAAGUACAGGUGAAGUACACAUUUGGGGGACACGGCUCUGUACCGUCGAACCAAAACCGCAACCUCAUUCAAGACUGACUGUUCAUCCGCUCUCGGUACCGCCGCCGGUCUGCCUGAGAUAAAUACAGGUGUGUCUACACACAAGGUGUUGGUGCUCUCUGGUCACUGUAGAGAGGUUUGUCUGUGAUUCUCACUGUCUGUACAUAGAAAAAUAAAGAUUCUACAA